AGGGUUUUGAAAAGCGCCACACUGUCUGCGAGUCUCUCUGUGCUAUAUCUGUGACUUAACGCCGUGGAAACCCUAGUUUCGAAGCUACAGCUGAGAGAGGGAGAGGAUGGGUCACUCGAACGUCUGGAACUCGCAUCCCAAGAACUAUGGCCCUGGAUCGCGAGCUUGCCGGGUCUGUGGAAACCCACACGGGUUAAUCAGGAAGUAUGGACUCAUGUGUUGCAGACAGUGCUUCCACAGCAAUGCGAAGGCAAUUGGCUUCAUCAAGUAUCGCUAAGGAAAUGGGACAUCAAAUAGCCAAGCACCAUUGGAGCUGCAUUGAAGAUUUUUUCUUUCCCUUGUUUCUUUUAUGACUAGUACUCUGAUACUCUGUUGAAUAUUAUACAUUGAGAGUUGAUUUUCACACUUUGCGUUGCCUUGGUUACAUUGUCUGAUAUUUAGUUGUGAAUGUAAUUGAUAAUUUUGUUCUGCCC